UUGUCAAUGUCAAAAAGUAAAAGAAAAGAAGUGAAAUUGCCUUGUUUUGUGUAAAUAAAUUGAUAAAGAAAAAUAUUAAUUAUUCCUGUUGUUUUAAUGCUUACAGAGUGAUUUAUUAGUAUUAUUUGAAAAAAGCUAUGGCUUCCCGAUUUAGUGGUGCGCUGCAAUUAACAGAUCUUGACGAUUUUAUUACUCCAUCGCAGGAAUGUAUAAAGCCAGUAAAAAUAGAGAAGAAGAAGAGUAAAACAGGAGCAAAAAUUAAAAUUGGUGAUGAUGGUUACUUUGAUCUGUCAAGUGGCAAAGAGCAGAAGUUGCAAAAGGUGGAGAUUACAUUGGCAGAUUGCCUCGCGUGCAGCGGAUGCAUCACCUCCGCAGAGAGUGUGCUCGUCACUAGACAGAGUCAAGAGGAGUUGCUAAGAGUAUUUUCCGAGCGGAAGUAUACAGAUACAAAAGGUGUAACUCGUGAUGUUAGUCUUGUUGUGAUAUCUUUAUCUCCACAACCGACAUUGUCAAUAGCAGCCAGAUACAAGAUGGAACCUGAAGAAGCUACACGCAAGUUAGUUGGUUAUUUCAAAAGUCUAGGUGCUGAUCUAGUGCUAGACAUGACAGUGGCGGAGGACAUAUCUCUGCUGGAGGCGCAGCAGGAGUUCCUGCAGCGGUACAGAGACCAACAGAACGAGCACUUGCCAAUGCUGGCUAGCUCAUGUCCAGGUUGGGUAUGCUACGCUGAAAAGACACACGGCAACUUCAUCCUCCCGUAUAUAUCGAGCACAAAGUCCCCUCAGCAGAUAAUGGGCUCGUUAGUGAAGCAGCACCUGUCAGCCAAGCGCGAGCUGAGCCCCGGCGAGGUGUACCACGUCACCUUCAUGCCGUGCUAUGACAAGAAGCUGGAGGCUUCGCGGGAGGACUUCUAUAGUGAUAUAUUGAGCUGCCACGACGUUGAUUGUGUCAUUACUGCCAUUGAAUUGGAACAAAUGUUGGCCAACAGUGACCAAUGUUUAUCAGAAGUGGAUUGUUGUGAUUUAGACAACCCUUGGGGAGAUACAGAUACGCAAGGCAUAAGAAGCCACGUUGGGUCAGGGUCUGGAGGUUAUGCAGACCAAAUCUUUUUGUAUGCAGCAGAACAGCUCUUCGGAGAGACAAAUGCACAACUUUGUUAUAGAAAUUUAAGAAAUCCAGACUUCCGCGAAGUGACGCUCGAGAAGGACGGCACAGAAGUGCUGCGGUUCGCCAUCGCGAACGGCUUCCGGAACAUACAGAACCUGGUGCAGAAACUCAAGAGGGGCAAGUCGCCCUACCACUACGUCGAGGUCAUGGCGUGCCCUUCCGGUUGUCUAAACGGCGGUGCACAGAUCCGUCCAGUCAAUGGCGAGACCGGUCGAGACCUCAUCGCGCAGCUGCAGUCUAUGUACACACAACUGCCUGUAUCACACCCCUCGCACAACAGGUUGGUUAAACAGCUCUACACCGAAUGGCUGGACGGGAGGGAAUCCGACAAGGCCAAAGCCAUUCUCCACACAAGCUACCACGCACUGGAGAAGAACGACAUAGCACUCAAUAUUAAAUGGUGAUUGUGGACUGUAAUGCCUUGUGAUAAAGUCUAUUUUCGUAUAAGCGCAGCUGCAAGCUAUGUACACACAACUGCCUUUAUCACACUCCUCGCUCAACAGAUUGGUUAAACAGCUCUACACCCAGUGGCUGGACGGGAGACUCAACUCAACAUUAAAUGGUGAUUGUGGACUCUGAUGCCUUGUGAUAAAGCCCAUUUUCGGAUAAGGAAGUGAUAAGAGGUUGUUAAAUAAUUUUAGACUUAAGGCCUUGUGAUAAAGUUCAUAUUCUUACAAAUAAAAUGGAGGGAGUCAAAUGAGGCCAAAGCUGUCCUCCACACAAGCUACCAUGCACUGGAGAAGAAUGACAUAGCGCUCCACAUCAAAUGAUUUUGGACUCUAAUGCCUUGUAAUAAAGUCUACUUUCUUACUACCAAACGGGAGAGAGUCCAACGAGACAAAAGUUAUGUACAUGAACUACCAUGCGCUGCAGAGGAAUGACAUACAGAUGGUGGCACAAAACACAUGGUGAUUUUGGACUCUGGUGCCUUGUGAUAAGGUCGAUAUUGAAUUUCUAUAUGCAAACAGUAAUGGGCUGGAUUAUACCUGAUUUGUGACAGCUAUACUCGUAAUGUUUUUUACAAUGAAAUAAAUAAGGCUAAGGGCAAUCCAAUAUAUACUACUCACCACCGUGUACGACACUAAUACGAACGGAUUGUGUGUAUAUAAACUGAGGGCGUUUUGUUAAAGAAUGUUCCUUCAGUUUUAAACAAAGUGUGUAUAGUCGGAAGCAAUCUUUAUGACGUUUCGGAACAUCGUGAGUUACGCUGUGCAAUACAAUAUUUUAGGUGUCAGCCGCAACGUAGAGGGGCGGCGGCAGGGCAUCACUCGGCUUGCACGUCAGCGUGACGUCAUAAAGAUUGCAUCCGACUAUACCUACUUUAAACCGCGUAGCAUCACGUUCAAGAUACCCUUACGAAAAUUAUUCCAAUUUCAGCCGCGCAUUUAUUUCAUUGUAACAAAUAUUAUUUAUUUAAGUUAGAUUGAAUGUUAGAAUAUUUGUUCCUAUAAUAACAAUUACCUAGUUUUCAAUAGUUAAUUUAACAAGUAUUAAUUUUAUCAAGUAUUUUCCAGUGCGUAAAACUGACGCUGUUUAGACAGUGAUCUUAUUGUACAGCGGACAUUCAUUCGAGCCCAAGCCAAUAUCAAUGUAUUGGAGAACAUGAGAGAAUGUAUGAUGUAUUUAAUAAAAAAAAUACGUUCCGUACGGUAAUUCCGAGGAUUAUUUAAGUAAAAUAAAAAUAUACGUGGCGAAGGCUACUUUAACUUUAACCAUACCUUCGAAGUCCGCGAAUAUUGAAAAUUUAGAAACUUGCUCUCAAAAUCAAAAUCAAUAUUCAUUUAUUUCAAGUAGCACUUUUGAAACGUCUAAAUUCAUUAUUUCUAUAGACUAUCAUCGGUUUUGAAGGCAGGUUGUGAUGAGAAGAUUCAUUUUAGCAAAUUUAAUGAUAUGGUCACCGCGAAUAACGAGUUUUGACUGUACAAAUGAUUUUAUAGUUGACUUGUCAGAUUAUACAAUUAACAUACGACAACAGUUUUAAUUUAAUGGUAAUUAGGUUUUUUUAUUUUAAUUUAGGGUUAAUAGAGUUUCCGCUGUACAUUGUUUUAUAUUUGUUAUUAUUUAGUUGGUAAGUGAAAAAGUUGUUAUAUAUUUUUAUGUAAAUAUUGCGUUGUGUUACAUCAUACCUAUUAGUGUAUGUGUUUAAGAAUACAAGUAUUGUUUC